AUGUCGUACUACGAAUAUUCAAACAAUUCUCAACCUCCUACGCCGCGCGAAAACUACCAGUGGGAACAGCAAACACAACCGGCAGAAUCUCAGCCUCAUUCUGAGCCCCAACACUCUCAGCCAUCGCUUGACCAGCAACAACUCGUCACCCCGACUCGGCUUCAGCCAACUUUACCGCACAUUGAAGAGCCUCAGCAGCUAGUUCCGACCCAACGUCCACAACGGGGUCAGUUUGAUAUGGCGCCGGUUCGCCUUCACCCGCCGGUGGCGGGACGGUCACCACCAAUUGAGAUUAAGCCUGUCUUGCUGCAGGUGGACACGUCCGUGCGACAAACUUCCCGAGCCAAUACGCGACCACCCCAUCAGCAUAAUUUUCACCCAUAUCAGCGUCCGUCCAGCGCUGCUGCUCGUCGAGAGAUGGAAGCACAUCAACAUAUCAGGUUUGCGAGCCAAGCUUCGACACCACAAGCCCACCCAGGCUCGGCAGCUCAAUCACCUGCUCCGGGGAGACAGACUUUCACCACGUCGCCCCUCAGCGAGUUUACCCCGCUAGCUCAACAAGGCUCAUCGUCGUCAUUCGUCCCCAACUCUCCUCAUGGGGCUCUGCAGGACCAGGAGAGUGUUAUGCACUCUUUUGUCGCCAACCCUACUCCGGCCACAGCAACAGAGGCUCCGAAGCGGUAUCUAAUUCGAGCGGACACCAAUUACGAUCCGCUCACUCGCAUUCUAACCGCCACGCUUGAAGUCCCUGGGGUCAGAAAGGACGACCUUACGAUUAAGCUUGCGACAACCCCAUUCAAUCGGUUGAGACAACUUGUUGUUCUUGGACACUCCUACCCGCCCUUUGCCCCAACCACAUCUCCCAGCGCUCUUCGGGAACGCAAAUAUGGCAUGUUUAGUCGACACUUGCCGGUCGCAAGCGACACACGACCUACCGACAUCGAUGCGACGAUGGAGGAUGGUAUCUUAGUACUGAAAAUACAAUGUGGCUUUCCAGCACCAAGUGCGGAUCAGCAUGAGAUACCAAUCCGAUGA